AUGAAAAUUCUAGAUAGGGGUUUGAAAUUUACACCCACACCAAAACAGGAUAAUGUGGAUCUCAUAAAAGAUACCGAGGAGUUUUGUCGGAAACUUAGACUUAGAGAAUAUUUUCAAAAUGAAGAAAAUACGGACGAAUCACUUGUGAGAAAUAAAAGUAAUUUCAAACCACCACCUAAUAGGGAUAAACAUUUAGAUGAAUUUAUCAGAUGUUUACAAAGUUCCGCCAGAAGUAAUGACAUCUCCAUGAAUACCCAUAUUAAGGAUAAUAUCACUAGACGGGAACGAGAAGCUAUCAAAAGCCUUGCAAGUGAUAAUUCUAUUAUUAUAAAGGAAGCAGAUAAAGGGGGAGCAAUUGUCAUUAUGGAUACGGAUCAUUACAAAGAAAUGGUUUUGGACCAACUUAAUGACAACAAUUUUUACAAAGAAUUAGUCUCUAAUGAAGACAGUAAAACCAUGCGCAGGAUUAGGAAAUUUACAAAUAAUUUUGCGGAUAAUUUAACCAAAAAGGAAGUGGAUUAUUUAACCAAUUUUGAAAUUAAAUCUAGUAACUUUUAUGGUUUACCAAAGAUCCACAAAUCCAAAGAAAUACAGAACGGACUUGAAGGUAAAAACUCAUUAUAUAUAAAAUUACCUCGACCAACGGAUUUAAAACUUAGACCAAUUGUGGCAGGCCCUGCAUGCCCCACGCACAGACUCAGCAACUUGUUGGAUAUACUUCUAAAGCCUCUAUGCCAACUUGUACCAAGUUAUGUAAGGGAUGAUUUGGAUUUUCUCGGCCACAUUCCAGAUACAGUUGAACUAAAUACUGAGAUGGUUAGUUUUGAUGUAACGAGCCUCUAUACCAACAUACCGCAUACACUUGGACUAGAAGCAAUCGCUUUUUGGAUUGACAAAUACCACAAUCAAAUUCACGAAAGAUUUUCUAAAGACUUUAUUCUAGAAGGAAUAAAAAUAGUAUUAGAGAAUAAUCAUUUUGUUUUUGACGGGAGAAAUUUUCUACAAAUUAAGGGAACAGCGAUGGGCACUAAAGUUGCCCCAACCUAUGCAACCCUAGUUCUCGGUUUUUUAGAAGAAAAACUGUUCAACGAAACAGAGAGACGAUUUGGAAAUCCUUUUGCGCAAUACAUACGAUUUAAUUGGAAACGAUACUUAGAUGAUUGUUUCAUUUUUUGGACGAGAUCUACUGAGGAUUUACAAGAAUACCAUACCAUUCUUAACAAUCUGCAUCCUUCUAUUAAAUUUACCUUGGAAAAGAGCAGGUUAGAACUACCCUUUUUGGAUAUUCUUAUAAUUAAGGAGGGUCGCAAAAUCAUAACAGAUUUAUACUACAAGAAAACGGAUUCCCACCAAUAUCUCGUAUUUAAUUCUUGCCACCCGUCACACGUUAAACGUAACAUACCUUUUAAUAUGGCAAGACGUGUUUGUACCAUUGUCAUAGAUGAAACCAGAAGAAAUGGCCGUCUACAAGAAUUAAAAACAUUUUUGCUCAGACAAAAAUAUCCUAACGACUUAAUAGAUAUAGCAAUUGAAAAGGCCAAGUCAAUACCGACUGCAGAUCUCCGUUCUACUAGACGAGGACGCCAGGAAAACAAUAAGGAAAUCCCGCUGGUCGUUACCCAUAACCCACGGAACCUUAAUAUAUAUAACUCCGUAAAACAGUGUUUUCCUAUUUUACAGCAAUCCCAAAAUUUAAAGGAAUUAAUUGACCCGAAGAGCAUCAUCUAUAGCCGACGCCAACCUCCAAACCUAAAGAAACUCCUAACAAGAGCCAGAUUCUCAUCGGAUGAGGAAAAACGCACUGUAGCCAAAUCUGUUACAGACGUCGGAAUGUUUGCUGGGAUCGUCGUCGGUUGUAUCAUUGCAUUUCUCAUCGUUGUCAUUGCCUGCUAUGUUUAUAUUAGAGGAAGGAACUCCAGAGGUCCAUACCACCAAGCCAAAACCUAA